UUUGUGGCGCAGCUCACUUUUUCUCGCGCGUUUCAACAAUACUCUCCUUCUUUAUUAUUUUCCACCGGUAGCGUGCACCCCGCCCCGGUCCGCCCCGACUGCAAACGGUCUGCCCCGGAAUUGCCGAACUCUGCCCCGAUUUCUCAAAAGCUGCCCCGAUAUCUGCCCCCCGCCCCACUGUGUCUGCCCCGACGAGAUCUCGUCGAACCCUGCCACGUUUUGCAGACUGCAGCAGUAAUCCAUGUCCGCUGGAAGAGUGCUGUUCUGCAGAGGGGAGGAGGAUGAGGCUGAUCACGAUGACAUCUGGGAUGACUCAGAGCUGAUUGCUGCCUACGACAGGGCACUGGCAUCAGCACGCGCCGAGCUCGGCAUGGCUGGCGCCGCCGCCGAGGAGAAGCCGUCCAAGAAGUGGCGGAUCGGCGACUUUUGCCGGGCGGUGUACUCUGUGGACGGCCAGUGGUACGAGGCCGAGAUCCUCUCCGUGGGCGGCGCCCGGUGCCGAUUGCGCUACGUCGGCUACGGAAACGAGGAGGACCAGCCGCUGGGGCGGCUGCAGCCCUCCGCCGGUAAAAAGGAGCGGCGCAGACAGGAGAGGGAGGCGGAGGACGAGAGAGAGGCACAGGAGGAGGGAGAGGAGGAGGCAGAGAGUGAGGAGGAGGACCAGGGUGAGGCAGAGGAGGAGAGCAGGCCCGCGGAGAGAGCGGCGGGGAAGAGCCGGAGGUCGGCGGCAGAGAGGGGUGUUGGCUCGGUGCAGAACCCCGCGGCCGGCGCUCAGAGCUACACUGGGAGCGGACAGACCCGUCACAGCUACAGCCAGCAGGCAGGGUAUCCAGGUGCGGGCCCUAUACCGACCUACCCCGCCGGACAGCCGACCCCGGGAUACCCGGGCUGGGGCCCGCCCUGGGCGCCCGGUCCGGGGUCCCACGGCGCCCCCUGGGGGCACAGAGCGGGCCCCUGGGGCGCCGCGCCGCCGUGGGGCGCCCGGGCGGGGUACGGCGGCCGGGCGCAGGACCCGUACCUGCCCGCGUACCCCCCGCCGCCGCCACCCCCGCCGGUACCGGGGGACGCGGACCCCGUGCAGCUGGCCAACAUGCUGAUGUCGUGGUACAUCAGCGGCUACCACACCGGCUACUACCAGGCCAGCCGCGAGGCUAGGAAGUGAGCAGGUGGCUCACAUCGGCUGACUACUGGGCCAGCCGUCAGGCCAGUGAAUGCUCUCUGACCCAUUCCGGUUAAUACCAGGCCAGGAAGUGAGCGCGAUCGCACUCUGCACCUGAUGGCUGGCCUGUGACAGUGAUGACUGUGACGCCAUGUUACAAGAACUGGUGAUAUGCGCUUGUGUUUGAUGAUGCCGUACGCUCAGUCAGCUCGUUUUGUGUCAAAGGUUCAGGAGUCCAGUGUUGGGUGGUUGUGGCACCUAGUGCCGGGCUUUACUCAGGACUCUGUCGGGUGGUCAUGGCCUAGUGCGGUGCCGGGUCAUGGCACCUAGUCUGUGAACCGAACUGGCGAGGGACGGGUAUGGCACACCUUGGUCAACUCAGAAUCUGAACUGCCAUUGUCGCUUGUUAAGAAAUAAACAUGUUGCAAGGAAAUCUU